ACGUCAUUCACAGGAAGCUGUAAAGUACUGCUUUCAACGGGAUUAAUCUGAGUUGAUAGCUUUGCUUCAUAUUUCACAUAAAAAAUCUCCGUUGACAGAACAGAUAUUCAUUCCAUACUGAUAUUUUCGAUUUUACGAUCAGAAAGUAUCCGUUUCCUUUGAGUUUUUUCAUCGUCUCAGUUAUCACAAUGCCGCGAGGAGGCAAAAAGAGCCAUAAGGGCCGCGGAAAGCAGUUCAGCAAUCCCGAAGAAAUUGACAGACAGAUGAAAGCUCAGAGGGAACUGGAGGCAAACGAUGGGGUUGAACGUGAAAGUGCAUCUGGAUCUGAAGAGGAGAGCAGCAGUGACGAUGAACAGCCAAAAAGGAAAGGUGUGGAGGGAUUAAUUGAAAUUGAGAAUCCUAAUCGGGUCUCCCAGAAGAGCAAGAAGGUCACUGAAGUUGAUGUCAGUGCACCCAAAGAGCUCUCACGUCGGGAAAGGGAAGAGAUUGAAAAGCAGAAAGCUAAGGAGCGCUACAUGAAGUUGCAUCUGGAGGGGAAGACUGAUCAAGCUAGGGCUGAUCUUGCCAGACUGGCCAUUAUCAAAAAGCAGAGAGAGGACGCUGCAAAAAAAAGAGAUGAGCUAAAAAAAGAAAAAGACGCAGAAGAUACAAAGUCAAAACGCUAGCCCAACCACCAUCCUGCAGGACCGGGCUUUUCUGGGGAGGGAGGGAAGGGACAAUUUAGCUAGAGGAAACGGCUCAGGGGUAUACAUGUCAUCCUUCCAUUCCUCAAGGGUUGGAGGGGGAUUUGGACAUUUACACAAAGUGAAACUUGAGGAGUGUAUGGUGUUGAAGCUUGUUGGCUUAUUGUUUUUCAGCACUGCCAAGCUUCUCUCACUGUAUUGCUCCUUUUGACACACUCACUGUGCUCAGACUCUAAAGCUGCUGGAGUUUACUCUUAAUUUCUGCAUUUCUGUUAUGUUAUCACCAUUACGUUAGAUUGGGAUAUUAUGGAAGAGGGUAUGGUUGCAGGUGUACUGACAUGGAUUGUUCUGUUCUGCAGCAGGAAAUGAACUGUGUAGACCAGGUUAUAGUGAGGAACAGUCAAACACUAACCAGAGAUUUAGCAUGUAUAGAAUGACAUCAGACCUUGUUCUGACCUAAAUUAUGUUCACCUUUGUGGCUUCAUUCUGUAGGUGCAAAACGAUACCGCUGUUUUCAUUCAGAGUUAAUGGUAGGUUUUUGUUUUGUGUCUUGGUGUAAUCAGGGCAUAUUAAGUUUUCUGUGACCUAAUGCUGCAGAUUACAUCCUCAUUUAAAAUGUCAAUGUUUUUAAGUAUGUAAAAAUGCAUACUCCAUGCAAGGCAAUAGUAUCAAUUGAUCCGGAUUAAAGUAGCUGCAUCAGCACACCCGUGUUGUUGCAGGUGAUUUAUGAAUAACUGGAAAGUGUUCACCACGUAAACUACAAUGCCCUGUUACUCAGGAGUUUUAUAUUUCUCUUGAAAUUGGACCAUCACUUUUUUGCCAACUGGUGUAUUUUCAUAGUGUUUUGAAAUGUUUUAUGCUUUAGCUCACUGCUGGGUCAUGACUUGCCUUGACCGUUUAGGAAAGCAAUAUAACCUUGAUGAUGAUGAUGGUGCAACAUUUUUUUCAGCUCUUAAACAAUUAUUUACAGUGUUUUAACAUUUGCAAAGCAUUCACCAAUACUGAAAUUAAUAUUUACAUGGGGAAAUUAUAGGAAAACCGUGGAAUUGCUUAUUUGAAAUUUUGUUGUAUACAAAUAAAUGCAUUGGUAAAU